CUGGCAUGUUAGAGUAUUAUCUUCGGCAUAGCCUUAGCUUUCGUACGAGCUGUUUGUAGUUUUUCCAACUAGUAAUAUGCGUCUCUAGUACAGAAAGAGAAACAGUUCUACUACAGAAGCAAAGUUUUCUCAAGCAAGUUGCAGUUGAUGUUUUACCACAGCAAUCAUCCCAAAAAGAGUCUUUCCUGUCUCCGGUUUAUUGGCUUACCAUUUUACAACAAUCUGCACACGAACACCGCACAGCUUUUCCCAAAUUUCAUUUUGAAACCUGCUUCAUCAAUCCCAAAAAUGGCUGUCGAGCACCAUCCGGCGUCCCUCCGCAACCGCGGACCGAUUUGGGAGAAGCUCGAGCCCUAUUUUGUGGAGUUGCUUUCCUCAAAAACAGAAAGAGCUUGUUUGCCUCUUCGUGUUCUCGAAGUUGCUGCCGGCACGGGGGCGCACGCGGAGCUUUUUGCGGAGAAAUGCCACGAGAUUGUUGCGAAAGCGGAACCGCGCAGCACGCCAGCAACAGCUGCAGGCCAAACCGCAAUGGUAUUGUAUCAGCAGACCGAAAAGGACGAGGGAAUGGUCGCCAGGAUCUUUGCACCUCCGCCAAGUGCGGGAUUUAAAGAAGACGGGUCAACAUCAACUACUUCCGUAGCCAAGGGCAAUGUGGUGGUCGCGGAGCCAAAGGUGUUGGAUCUGUUACAAGUGGAAAGCUCCUCACUGUUUGGAAGUGGCGCAACUGCAACAACACAGGGAGAUGACAGUGCCCUCACAAGUAUGGCGCACCCGUAUGACAUCCUCUUCGCGUGCAAUUUCACGCAUAUCAGUGAAUGGGAGGCGACGGAAAACUUUUGGAAGAAGGUUGUGCCAAAAACGAUGCUGAAAGAGGGCGGGGGAUCAAAUAGUGCCUCUGUUCUUGCGGCGGGAGAAUCCUCCAAAGUGGUUCUCAUCUACGGGCCGUUUCGACGCAAUAAUGCCUUCACGACAGAAUCUAACCGGGAUUUUGAUGCGGAUUUGCGGCAGAGGAACCCCAGCUGGGGCUAUCGCGAUGUGGAGGACGUGGAGAAAUUGGCGAACGGAGCCGGGUUUCUGAUGGAAAAAAUCCACGAAAUGCCCGCGAAUAACUUUUUGCUGGUUUUUCAAAGGGGCUUUGCGGGUGCGCCCAAUGAUGUGCGGGUGAAACUCUAGGGAUGGAGUACCCCUCGAAAACAAAAAUGGAAGAUGUCGCGACAAGAACGAAUAAGUACAGAAUGACGGAAAUCUAUGUUGUGGAAGAAACUACAGAACCAGGGUCGCUCCUCGUUGAUCUAUGCGCCUAAUUUGGUUCUCCAGGAGCAGCUAGUGUUUCAACUUCC